AUGGUUGGAAUUGCCGGCUUGUUUGUGAUGGUGGUAUACAUUUUAGUGGUGAUGUUCUUCAUCAAGAAGAGGAGACAGAUUCAGGCUGUUGAAUAUGACAGUGACACCGUUCUUGAAUCCAUAGAGAACUUGCGGCCGAUACGGUUCACCCUUUCGGAUUUAGAACGAAUCACAGAUAACUUUUCGAAAGUGCUAGGUACCGGUGGUUUUGGUGGUGUGUACGAAGGUGUACUCCCAGAUGGUAGGAAAGUUGCUGUGAAGAAGCUGGAAAGUACAGGACAGGGGAAGAAGCAAUUCUAUGCGGAAGUUGCCAUCCUAGGGACAAUUCAUCACUGGAAUCUGGUGAAACUGCUUGGUUUCUGCUCAGAGGGCCUAAACAGGCUUCUGGUUUAUGAACACAUGGAGAAUGGUUCUCUGGACAAGUGGAUCUAUCAAGAUUGUGUCGAACAGAAGGUGCUGAACUGGGAACAGAGAAUGGAAAUUAUGCUGGGGAUGGCCAGGGGUCUGGCAUAUCUGCACGAGGAAUGCGUAGAGAAGAUUAUCCACCUUGACAUAAAGCCUCAGAAUAUCUUGCUGAACGAGGACUUGGUCGCGAAAGUGGCGGACUUCGGUCUCUCCAGGCUCAUGUCUCGCGAUCAGAGUUACGUUAUGACAACAAUGAGAGGUACUCCAGGCUACCUUGCACCAGAGUGGCUACUGGAGGCUGCUAUAACAGAGAAAAGCGACGUUUACAGCUUUGGAGUCGUGCUGCUGGAGGUGAUUAGCGGGCGGAGGAACUUCUCUCGAGUUUCUGAGAGAGAAAAGUUUUACCUCCCGGCUUACGCAUUGGAAUUGGUGACACAAGAGAAGGAUAUGGAGCUGGUCGAUCCGCGGCUGAAAGGCAAGUGUGAUGAAGCAAUCGUGCGGACAGUUAUCAGGAUUGCGUUCCAGUGUCUGCAAGAAAACGGGAGCUCAAGGCCAUCGAUGGGGAAGGUUGUGCAGAUGCUGGAAGGCUCCUGCCCAGUGGAGGACAUUCCCGUGGAUGGCCCUCCCUUCUCAACCAGGAACGAAUCUCGCACCCUGCAUGUUGAUCUUCUCAGGACAGGCUCUACGAGUACAUCUGCAGAAGGGUACAUCCAGCAUGUUGAUUUUCUCAGCACAGGCUCUACAUCAGGCUCUACAUCUACAGGAGGGUGGGAGCUGGGUAUUUGCAGCGGCCAGUGCAGUGGAAGCAAUCAACAAGAUUUCAACCGGACUGCAGGUGGAUCUAUCUGCACAACUCGCAUAUGCCCGGGUUGGGCAUCUGGAGCAAGCAAUGUCCUUCACGACGAUGGGCAGGGUGCUUCGGGACGUGGAUUCAGGCUGGAGCUGCUUCGUGUUGGCGUUGGCUGGAGCUGA